AUUAAAUGAUUCGUCUAGCUCAUAGUAAAUCAGUGGCACGUUUCUCUGGAGCUUUAUGGGGACCUAUCCAUGAAAGACCUAUUGUAGAUAGAGUGAUGUCUACAUCAUAAUGGCCAGUCCCAUACUAUUAAAGAAUUUUUAAGGCAUAUCCUGUUAGAUGUAAAAUUUGAUUAAGAAAAAGAAAAUAAAUAAACUUGGGCUAUGAAUUUAGCUGGAGCAGAAAUUCACGAUAUCAAUUGGUAUUGCGCAAAACAAGCUUUAAGCAGAACUUUGAAAGGAAGAUAAGCUGUCGAAUAUGUAGAAAAUAAUAUUCCAACUUAAAGUAAAACAUUUUCUUAAAGAAAAGGCUACAUUGUAAUUCAAAAGGAUGUCUCUAGAAUGGCAAAAGCAUAUGUUAGUGAUUUAAGUCUUUUCCUUAGCGUGGCUAAUAAGGAAAGCAAAGUCAUAUUGGACUCUGUUGAAUUGAUUUGAAAUAAGAAAAACAAAAACAUUUUAUAAAUAUGCAAUAA